AUGGCCUCUGACCAAAUUCUCAUUUUCAACGUAUCACCGAACCCUGCUGGGGAUAAUACAACAAACAAGACUCAUAGGAAGCGCCCAGGGCCAAUCCGAAAACCGAGUUUUUCAAGUGAAGAAUAUGAUGACGAAAAUACGAAGGCGUUUGCUGAAGCCGUGGAUGCUCUGUUGAGGAAUGAAGCAGAGAGUGGGGACUAUGGUCAGGAUUCCGGAUAUGAUGCUGGGGAUGAAGAUACCGACGAUAGCACCAGCAAAAGUUCUAGCGAUGAUAGAGAGACUCCCAGCCUGCAGGUCAAAGUUGAAGACAAUGCAGCUAGGAACAUCAAUGGAAAUGUCUCCAACGAUACAACAGCCAAUUCAAUACAGCAUUUGAUUCUUCCGGUGACGGCCAGCCAUCUUCGGGAUAGGGAUUUUGUGUAUUCUCGGAAUGAUGGAAAGAAAGAUAUUGGUCUAAUAGUGCGUUACCAGACCCGCCGCACCACGUCUAUCGAUCCCGUAGAAUAUGAACUUGCAGCAGAUAUCGAAGAACAAGCCGAGCGCUCCUUGUCACAACAGACUCCUCCAGCACUCUUUGCAGGCUGGAAUUUUGAUAUAUUUGAGGAUCCUGUGGAGAAUGGCGACGCUGUUGACCAUAACAGUCUUGGUCAAGGUCACCGCAUUAACGGUGACUCCGAGCGCAAUUAUGGCCACAAUGGGAGCAGUUAUAUUUCCGGUGUGCACGAAUACCGUGCUGAUUUUCAGUUCCCUGAUUGCUGUACAAUGAACGGUAAUGGUGCCGAUUAUUCAAGCCGCGUCGUAGAGGAAGGCGAACCCUCAAAACUAAGUGACGAGGAGCCUAGCGAAUUCGCGUUUUCUCGCGGAGAAGUCUCUGAAUACAACGAGAAUUCUCAAUACGCUGCUAAUGGGGUUUCAAUGAGUGCCAAUAGCGCCGGGCUAGACCGAGAACUUUGGUCGCCCAUCGAUGGACCUCUUGAAUCCACCUAUCGAUCCCCUUACAUGGGGCCAGUUGGAUGGACGGUUCCGCAUCGGGCACGCCCAAACUCAUCACAGCCUUUCUUGAUCUACCAAGACCCAUCUUGGUACGAACCUGAACCGUCGCCUAUUAAUCCCUACUGGGACCUGCUCGCCAGCGACGAUAAGGAGAAUGCUAUCCCAGAAGGCAUGGAAACAGGUAUACGGCCUCCUCCGGCGGCGGAGGACAACAUCGUAACCGAGGCGCUGAACAUCGUUACCCUAGCUGCUAGCAACCAGCAUUGGCCUCUUCGUCCCUUAAAUCCGACAAACGGCUGGGCUAAUUACUCUUCCAGCACCUAUCAUCGCAAUUUAAAUGCCCGCUCCUCCACUACCUCUGGGAUAGGGCUUGACAUCGCAACCGGUGCGGCUCCUUUUGCAACCCCAGCCAGAGGGAGGCAUAGACACUCGAAUUCUCUCACGAUGACGGACAGCGAUAGGGCGGCAAGGCGGUAA